AUGUCUUCGCCACUGGAGAGAGCACUUCUCCGCCUUCAAGUCUUCUCCAAAGGACCCAGUCUGGGUCACUUCCUCAAGCUGUAUCUUACUACUCAAGAUACAUUAAACCUGAGGUUAACGUCUCGUUCACUACACGGCCUUGCUGAGCUUAAAGAGGUCGCUUUCGAGACUCUCUUCGUCCACACGCCGGUACCUCCUGGGCGAAAGCAGAGUACGGAAGCACUUGAGGACAUCGGGUUGCUCUGUCGGCAUGUUGUGGUCAAGAUCGCGUAUCCCCCAAAGGCAUGCUGCUUACCAGGAACACCAUCUCUCAGCACAAAUGCAUCGACUCCACGCUCUGGCAGUGGGAGUGAUGCAACAUCUGAUAUCCUUGACUCCUACUGUCCAUAUGCGGAGCCGCCCAUCGCCUGGAAGUUCGUUGUACAGAGGAAGCCCGGUGACAUUGACCAAAACCUGCUCCAACAGUGGUGCGAAAUCUUCAAGCUCUUGCCGAACUUGGAAGUUGUGCACAUCGCUUGCAAUGGUGAUCCCACUUGGCCUGGCUGUACUGACAUUGAGUCAGCGCUCAUCAUGUUGCGCAUCACUCUCGAACGCGUCAAUCCUGAGCAAAUACAUACAGUUAAUUUCUAUCCCAUUCACGCCAUGGGCAUCAUGCAUCUUCGCUGGGCCGGAGCCGGUGCCUACGGCGAAGCUUGUGCUUCGAGAAACUCCGUCUGGUACAAGCUUAAGACACUAAAGCUAGGAAUACUUAGUCCUUACACCGAGGGCCGAUUGCUUAAAGGUCAGAAGCAGCUUUUUGAGAAGAUCUUUGCAGACGAUCUGCAGAGCUUCAGUCGUACACUCGUCAAGCUCGAUCUGUCGUGGGUCGGUACAGCAGGUCCGAAUCCAUUUGUCGUAAGCGAUGACAACCAGUCUAUGAAAAUGACGAAGCAUUGGAGCAGACUUGAGGAGCUCCGGCUCAACAAUGUGACUUUGAACUGCAGCACCUCGACCAUCAAGCAGUUUGCACCGAUGGUUCGUAAGCUCAUGGUCGACGCCGAUUCCUCGAACGCUGGGGACCAAAUGGUGUCUAAUCGUUGGGAGGGUUGUCAAGGUUCGAAAUUCGAAGACCAUGGUAAUACCAAUGACAACGACUGGAUGACUNNUUUGCAGGACAUUCGCAUCUCAGCAAUACCUGAGCCUCUCUUCUAG